AUAAGGGCCUGAAGAGUUUCAGUUUGUGUGGAGAGGAAGAGCACAAUGGCUCUCUUCAAACAUUUGGCUUUAUGCCUUCUUUUAACUCUCGCUGCAGCCGAGGAUGACCUCAAGUGUUAUGGAGCUGAUUGUGAGGUUCCACAUUAUAUGGAUGAUACUGAACAAUGCUCCGGCCUCGAAUGUGAAUCGAAAGAAACUCUUCUCGCCAUGAUCAGCCAUUACCAAAAGGAGAAACACGAUGAAUACUUGGCACCACUCACAAAGCCGAUUAGGGACGAAAGUGCGGUUCGCAAUUUCCUGAACGAAGUUGCUGUCACCGGAGACCUCGCCGCCACAGUAUCACCACAAUGCAGUAUUUGCAGUCAACCAGGACUUUGUAACAGCGGACAGUGCGUUCCAGACGCACGAUUCCCAUGGCAAUAUUUCUACUGUGUCUGCCCAGACUAUGCAUCUGGAAGAUUCUGCCAAAAUGAGAUAAAGUGUAAGGAUAACUCUUGCGGAAAGAAUGCCGAUUGCUAUGUGGCAAACCAUCAGCUUAACUGUAUUUGUAAGCCAGGAUACACAGCCCGUAGAAAUGGAAGAGAUUGUGAUAUGAAAGUUCAACAAGCUUGCAUGAGUGGAGAUCCUCAUUAUGUCACUUAUGAUGGUCUUCGUUUCGACUACCAAGGAACUUGCCCAUAUGUAUUCUCUCAACCAUGCACAACACUUCCAGCUCCAUAUUUGUGGUAUUCAGUCAGAGCCAAGAACGAGCUGCCAGGAAAGGGAUAUCACAUCUCUCAAGUAUCUGAAGUUGAAGUUGAUCUUCACAACUUAACAAUUCACGUUGAUGGACGCUCAAAGACAGCUCUGGUAAAUGGAGUUCAAGUUCUUACCCCAUGGUACUUCCCAAACAAAAACACCUGGACCGUGAGAGUUCGUUUCUCUGGAUCUACAUUCACAAUUGAAAAUGAUCAAGGAGUCGUUGUCACUUUCACAACUUACAAUUCUCUUUGCGUUCAAGUACCAGACAUCCCAGAGUUCAACGGAGCUACCACCUUGUGUGGAUUGGCUGGAAAUAUUGAUGGAAAGAAGUUGGAUGACGUCGUCAACAAGAAUGGAUCCGUAUUGGCAAUCAAGUCGAGUCGUCAACCUGAGAACAACAAUCAUGCCGAUUUCAUGAAGACUGAGGAUACCUGGAUCACCGACAAGUUCCUGAUCCUUCGCCCAGGCCAAGAGAACUGUAUCAACGGCCAGACACUCGAUAACAACACAAAUUGCGAUGUUGCAACAGCUUCUCAAACGUGCUACCCAAUUCAACAAGCUGAGAUGGGACUCGGAACAUUCGGGGCUUGUCAGGGACUUGGAAAUGAUACUCUUGAAGAUUUCUACUACAAUUGUAUUUACGAUAUCUGUCGUAAUCCAGCAUUUAAGUGCACAGAGUUCACAUACUUCCUUCAAUACUGUCAAUUGGCUCUUCCACAAGUUGCAAUGAACCAGAACUGGCGCGCCCAGAUCAACUGUCCACUUGCUUGCCCAUUAAAUGCUCAUCCAUCUACUUGCACAUCAUCUUGCCCAUCAACUUGUGCUGAACCAUUCCCAGAGUAUUGUGAUCAAGGUUGUGUUGAUGGAUGUGAAUGUGAUCCAGGAUAUGUCAUUGAUAAUACUGUAACUGGAUCUAUCAAAUGUAUCCGACUUGAUCAGUGUGGAUGUGUUGAUUCCGAUGGAAACGCUCACAGACCAGGAAAACCAUGGGUUACUCAGAACUGUACAAUCUAUCACGAAUGCCAAAAUGGAACAAUGUGGAGUGACUAUCGUCCAUGCUCAGAUGAUGGAAGUUGCGUUCUCAAUUCAAUUGAUAUGCAAUGCAAGUGUAACAAUGGAUACCGUGGAGAUGGAUACAACUGUACUGAUAUCAAUGAAUGUGUUGAGACUCCCGGAAUUUGCGGACAUGGACAAUGUGUCAACACUCCUGGAUCUUACCACUGCACCUGCGAUGACUUCUGGCUGGGAGACAACUGCAACACCUACAAGCCACGUCGUCACUGUGCCGAUUUGUAUGUCUACUGGGGAGUCAGAGAAAGUGGUGUUAACUCCAUCAAUCCACCAUUCGUUCUUCCACAAAGAGCUAAGUUUGCUCCAAUGAAUGUUUAUUGCGACAUGACAACCAACGGAGGAGGAUACACUUUGAUGUCUUCAGAUACUGCAGAUUUGAAUACUAAUAAGACAUUCCAAGACUACUUGAUCGGAUUCGGAAAUCCAGCAACUCAAUCUGUGUGGCUUGGACUCGAGUUCAUUCACCAACUUACCACCUAUCAGCCACAAAAUCUUCGUUUGAACCUCUUCAGAUGUGCCAGCAACGGACGCCCAUCCCUUACUACUGAUUGUACAUACCCAACAUUCAGUGUUCUUGACUCUACCACUCAAUACUCUGUGGUGAUCCGUGAGGCUUGUACCGGAUCUGAAGCUGAUGAGCAUUACUAUCAAGAUGGUUGGGCAAGAUGGGAUUUGACUCAGAAUGGACCAAAGUUCUCCACCUGGGAUAUUGAAGCACAGACCACAAUUCCACCAACAUUGAGAGCCAAGAUGGAGGGCGAUGCAAUUUACUACACAUGUUCCAAGUCCAACUUCAACACUGGAUGGUGGUAUGUCGAGGAUCAACUUUGUGGAGCUGCCAACUUGAACGGUGUCCGAUACACAUGCCCAGUUAUUCCAGUUGAAAAUGAGCGUUACUUGAGAUGGGCCGAGGGAACACUCGGACAAUCGUGGAUGUACUUGCGUCCAGUUGGAUUCCCAAAAUAUGACACUAAUAUGUAAUAUGUUUGGGUUUUGAACAUUCUCACAUGAAAUUGUAUCUUUGAAGUUUUCAAAUCUUUGUUACGAGUAAAAUAAUGAACAAUUCACAUUCUGAAACCACUCGCACAUCAAAUAAUAAUUAGCUUC